AUGUGCAUCAGUUGCAUGCUGAAAGGGCAUGAAGAGCAGGGAAGGAAAGCCGAGCUGAAUCGAAAUGCAGAAUUCAGAACUCUUAUAUCUGCUCAACCAAUCAUAUCAAAAGAACGGCGUCCGCAAAUGAGCAGAUUCAAAAGGAGGCACUAA